GUGUCAGGCCUCGGUCAAACACUUUAUCUGAGAUAAUUGUGCCUUCACUUGAUCUCUGGUUGUGGUCAGUAACACGUUUUCUGCUUAGGAAUCUCCAGGAGCCUUUUAAAAUUUGAUGAUUAUACGGAGCAUAAUAAUUUCAAAUACAUACUACAAUUUGAAUUCAAGUUUAUGCAGCUAUAUGCUUAUCGCUUGCUGUUAAAUGCAUCUUCUCUCAAUAAUUUUGUAUAAAAGCAUCUGCUACAUUCUGAAUUGUACAUAUGUGGCAGUGCAUGACAGAGUGGGUGAAGGAGAGAACUAACUGGAAGCCGCUAGCCCAUGCUAACCGCUAGCCUAUGAAAAGGGGGAGAGGGAGAGCACUAAGGGCAGGGCUAGCCCAUGAAAAGGGGGGAGGAGAUGCUAGCCGCAGGGCUAGCCCUUGCGCAGCGGUGUCUGUGUGAUCAGUGUGUCAGGGAGUGGUCCAGUGUGAGGUCUGCUCUGUGCUGUCUCCUCCCCUAGAAUGGACUCAACGGCCUGCACCUGGCCUCCAAGGAGGGCCACGUCAAAAUGGUGCUUGAGCUGCUGCACAACGGCAUCGUCCUGGAAACCACCACCAAGAAAGGAAACACGGCCCUACACAUCGCCUCGCUGGCCGGCCAGGAGCAGGUGGUCACCGAGCUGGUCAACUACGGCGCCAACGUCAACGCCCAGUCACAGAAGGGCUUCACUCCUCUCUACAUGGCCGCACAAGAGAAUCACCUGGAGGUGGUUAAGUUCCUGCUGGAGAAUGGAGCCAAUCAGAGCAUUCCAACAGAGGAUGGUUUCAGCCCCCUGGCCGUGGCCCUGCAGCAGGGCCAUGAGAACGUGGUGGCGCUGCUCAUAAACUACGGCACCAAAGGGAAGGUGCGGCUGCCCGCCCUCCACAUCGCGGCGCGUAAUGAUGACACGCGCACCGCCGCCGUCCUGCUGCAGAACGACCCCAACCCAGACGUCCUGAGCAAGACGGGGUUCACCCCCCUCCACAUCGCUGCGCAUUAUGAGAACCUGAACGUGGCUCAGCUACUGCUCAACAGGGGCGCCAACGUCAACUUCACCCCCAAGAAUGGCAUCACGCCCUUACACAUAGCGUCGCGGAGGGGCAACGUGAUCAUGGUACGGCUGCUGCUGGACAGAGGGGCACAGAUAGACGCCAAAACUAAGGACGAGCUCACGCCCUUGCAUUGUGCUGCCAGAAACGGACACGUGCGCAUCAUCGAGAUCCUGCUGGACCACGGUGCCCCCAUCCAGGCCAAAACCAAAAACGGCCUGUCUCCGAUCCACAUGGCCGCGCAGGGGGAUCACCUGGACUGCGUUCGGCAGCUCCUGCAGUACAACGCUGAGAUCGAUGACAUCACGCUGGACCACCUGACCCCGCUGCACGUGGCGGCGCACUGCGGCCACCACCGCAUGGCCAAAGUGCUGCUGGACAAGGGGGCGAAGCCCAACGCCCGAGCGCUGAACGGGUUCACACCGCUGCACAUCGCCUGUAAGAAGAACCACGGCCGUGUGAUGGACCUGCUGCUCAAGCACCUGGCGUCCCUGGAGGCGGUGACCGAGUCUGGUCUUACUCCACUUCAUGUGGCUUCCUUCAUGGGACACCUCAAUAUAGUGAAGAUCCUUCUCCAGAAGGGGGCGUCGCCCAAUGCUUCCAAUGUGAAAGUGGAAACCCCGUUGCAUAUGGCGUCGCGGGCAGGCCACUGUGAGGUGGCGGAGUUCCUCCUGCAGAACACGGCGCCGGUGGACGCCAAAGCAAAGGAUGACCAGACCCCCCUGCACUGCGCUUCCCGCAUGGGCCACAAGGAGCUGGUGAAGCUGCUGCUGGAGCACAAGGCCAACCCCAACUCCACCACCACGGCCGGCCACACCCCCCUGCACAUCGCCGCCCGGGAGGGCCACGCCUCCACCAUCCGCAUCCUGCUGGACGGGGAGGCCCAGCAGACCAAAAUGACCAAGAAAGGAUUCACUCCCCUCCACGUGGCCUCCAAAUACGGCAAGGUGGACGUGGCAGAGCUGCUCCUGGAGAGAGGAGCCAACCCAAACGCCGCCGGAAAGAAUGGGCUGACCCCUCUGCAUGUGGCCGUCCACCACAACAACCUGGACGUGGUCAAACUUCUGGUCAGCAAAGGGGGGUCCCCACACAGUGCGGCCCGAAACGGCUACACCCCCCUGCACAUCGCGUCCAAGCAGAACCAGGUGGAGGUGGCCAGCACCCUGCUCCAGUACGGGGCGUCGGCCAACGCAGAGUCCCUGCAGGGGGUCACGCCCCUGCACCUGGCCUCCCAGGAGGGCCGCCCCGACAUGGUCUCCCUGCUCAUCUCCAAACAGGCCAACGUCAACCUGGGCAACAAGAGUGGACUUACCCCUCUGCACCUGGUGGCUCAGGAGGGUCAUGUGAGCAUCGCGGACAUCCUGGUGAAGCAGGGCGCCUCAGUCUACGCCGCGACGCGGAUGGGCUACACUCCGCUUCAUGUGGCAUGUCACUAUGGCAACAUCAAAAUGGUGAAGUUUCUCCUGCAGCAGCAAGCCAAUGUCAACAGCAAGACUAGGGUGGGGUACACGCCCCUACACCAGGCGGCUCAGCAGGGUCACACGGACAUCGUCACCCUGCUGCUGAAACAUGGAGCCCAGCCUAACGAGCUCACCACCAACGGAACCUCUGCCCUGGCCAUCGCUAAGCGGUUGGGGUACAUCUCCGUCAUCGAUGUGCUGAAGCUGGUUACCGAGGAGACCGUGUCCGUGCAGACUACUACAGAGAAGCACCGCAUGAGCUUCCCUGAGACGGUGGACGAGAUCCUGGACGUGUCGGAGGAUGAAGGACUCGCACAGCUAACGCUAGGUGAGGAGCUGCUUGGGGUGGAGGGCACCAGGUACGUGAAGAUGGAUGACCUGAAAGACCAUGAUGACGAUUUUCUGUCGCCCAAGAAAUCGUUGGACUAUGAGAGCGGGCUGGGCACAGCCAACUACUCUCCUGCUAUCCCCAGGAUUCCCUGCGUCUCCCCGGAAACGGUCAUUCUGAAGGAGCAUGUGAUGGAGCAGCAGCACACCCCCGUCCCUCUUCCGAAGGAGUACGACGAGGACUCCCUCAUCCCCAGCAGCCCGGCCACCGAGACGUCGGACAACGUCAGUCCCGUCGCCAGCCCUGUUCACACUGGGUUCCUGGUUAGCUUCAUGGUGGACGCCCGGGGCGGGUCGAUGCGGGGGAGCAGACACAACGGCCUUCGAGUCAUCAUCCCGCCCCGCACCUGCGCCGCCCCCACCCGCAUCACCUGCCGCCUGGUCAAGCCGCAGAAGCUCACGACCCCGCCCCCGCUGGUGGAGGGGGAGGGGCUUGCCAGCCGCAUCAUCUCCCUGGGGCCCGCCAGCAUGCAGUUCCUCGGGCCCGUGAUUGUGGAGAUCCCCCACUUCGCUGCGCUGGGCCGGGGGGAUCGGGAGCUGGUGGUUCUGCGCAGCGAGAACGGAUCCGUCUGGAAGGAGCACCGUAAUCGCUACGGCGACGACGUUCUGGAGACCAUCCUCAACGGCAUGGAUGAAGACCUGGAGUGCCAGGAGGAGCUGGGGAAGAAGCGCAUCCGUCGCAUCAUCUCCACCGACUUCCCCCUCUACUUCGCCGUGGUGUCGCGCGUCCAGCAGGAGAGCGAUCUGAUUGGCCCGGAGGGCGGUCAGCUGACCAGCAAGCUGGUGCCCUUGGUCCAGGCGACUUUCCCAGAGACGGCGGUGACCAAGAGAGUCCGUCUGGGACUGCAGGCCCAGCCGGUUCCUGACGAGCUGGUGACCAAGUUGCUGGGUAACCAGGCCACCUUCAGCCCGGUUGUGACGGUGGAGCCGCGGAGGAGGAAGUUCCACAGGCCCAUCGGCCUCCGCAUCCCCCUGCCCCCCUCCUGGAGGGAGAGCCCAAGGGAUUCUGGGGAGGGAGACACCACCAGCCUGCGCCUGCUCUGCAGCGUCAUUGGUGGUACAGCCCCAGCCCAGUGGGAAGACAUCACUGGCACCACCAAGCUGGUGUAUGCUAAUGACUGCGCUAACUUCACCACCAAUGUAUCGGCACGGUUCUGGCUGGCUGACUGUCCCAGGACGGCCGAGGCGGUGUCCUUCGCCAACCUGCUGUACCGGGAGCUGUCGGCGGUGCCGUACAUGGCCAAGUUCGUGGUGUUCGCCAAGAUGAACGAGGUGCGGGAGGGGCGGCUGCGCUGCUACUGCAUGACGGACGACAAGAUGGACAAGACGCUGGAGCAGCACGAGAACUUCACUGAGGUGGCCCGCAGCCGGGACAUCGAGGUGAUGGAGGGCAUGCCUCUGCACCUGGAGUGCUCGGGGAACCUGGUGCCCGUGCGCAAGGCUACCCAUCAGCCUCGCUGCUUCAGCUUCCAGGCCUUCAGAGACAACCGGCUGCCCGUCUCCGUCAAGGUGAGGGACAGCAGUAAAGAUCCUUCGGGAUUUUUGUCCUUCCUGCGCAAGUCCACCAAGUACGAGGACAGCCAACACGUUCUGUGCAACCUCAACAUCACCAUGCCGCCCUGCAUCAAGGUUGUGGGGAGCGAAGACCGCAGACGAACUUUGACCCCGCUGGCCCUGAGGGAGAGAUAUAGCGCCCUGAACGAGCCGGCCAUGGCGUCCAUGAGCGCCAUGGAGAGGACAGAGCUGAAGAUGGCGGUGAUAUCCGAACAGCUGGGCCUCAGCUGGGCAGAGCUGGCAAGGGAGCUGCAGUUCAGUGUGGAUGACAUUAAUAAGAUCCGUGUGGAGAACCCAAACUCCCUGCUGGAGCAGAGCUCCACCCUCCUGAACCUGUGGGCCACUCGGGAGGGCAAAAGGGCAAAGAUGGAGAGUCUGUAUGCAGCCCUCAGAAGCAUAGACCGGACAGACAUCGUCAACAUGCUGGAGGGUCAAGGGUCACAGCCCAUGCCUGGGAGCCGCGAGGGGGGCGGCCGUCGGCAAGGCGACCAUGUGCUCAUAACCAAUGGUCACGGGCUAGUGCAGGAGGAGCUUCUCUCCCCGGCCUCCAUGCACUACCUCCUCCCCUCCCCCCUCAGCGGGGAGCCCUACUGGCAGGAGGUCUCCAGCAUGGACUGCGCCCCCAUCGCCACCACAGAAGAAGACACGCUCAUGGAGAUGUCCGAGGUGCAGGUGUGGCCCUCGGGGGCCAGUCCGUCCCUGGUGGCCGUGGAGGACUCCUCGCUGGAGUGCAGCAACGCCGACGAUUCGGAGGGGCUCCUGGGGACCCCUUACGGGACGCUGUGUCGGCCGGAUAGCGGGGCCAGCGGCUACAGCGGAGGGGGCGGGCUCAGCGGCUCCAUGGAGCUGGUGGAGGCGGUGGAGGACCUGGCGGAAACGGGCGGAGCCAACCCCGGGGUCAACGUCAACGGGCUGGACAAGGGUCAGAGGUCGGAGGUCGAGAGGUCGGAGGCGACGGCGGCGGCAGGCGGCAGCAUGACGAGCAGAGCCGGAGAAGGAGAGGGAGGAGGAGGAGGAGAAGGAGAGGGAGGAGGAGGAGGAGGAGGAGGAGUGGAGGGGCCGGGCUCAGAGGAUGGCCUUUCUGUCGUUGCAGGACAGCAGCGAGUGUACGCCCGGCUGAGCGAGUCGCCCGGACUGAGCCGUGUCGCCGAGCGCAACGGCGACAGGUCGGGCAGCACCUCCUUCCUCUCUUACCUGCAGGACCAGUCGAACCCGGGCUGGCACUGCAGCCCGGAUUCCCCGCCGAUGUGGGCGGGGCCAAAUUCCAGGCAGUGCAUAGAAUCUGUGAUGUCAUCGGUGCGGGCCGGCGUGGGCGGGGACUCCAGCCAGUCGCGCGUCUCCCAGGAGUCCCUGCUGCAGCCGGUGCGGGACACGGGGCACUCCGAGAUCCUGAUGGGUCACUUUAGGGGGACGCAGCCCUUCGAGAAGGGGCUGGGCUUCCCCCAUCGCGCCCCCGAGCUGCGGGGGUGGGACGAGGCACGCCUCAGAGGGCAGGGCGAUGAGCUGGAGGAUCUUCCUGGAGAGCAAGUGAGCGAGGAGCAGUUCACCGACGAGCACGGAAACAUCGUCACCAAGAAGAUUGUGCGGAAGGUGGUUCGGAGGGGGAAGGGUAAUGGCUCGGAGGGGGGGCAGGAGGUGAUCGUGGAGGGCUCCCUGCAGGAGGCCGAGGAGCUGGAGGCAGAGGCUGAGCAGCUCAUGAACUACGCCAUUCUGGGCCGGGAGACCAGCAAGCCGGAUUUUGUGGACAUGAAGAAGGGUGCUCAGAUAGUGAAACGCGCCAGUCUUCGGAGAGUAAAGCAGUGAGACAGACUGACACGUCCCUUCAGGAUCUGACAUCAACUCCUAAACCAUCCCUCAUUGACACAUGACAGACGGCAGGGGACGAGGCGCGGGGCGACGGCGGACAGGAGUAAGGAAACGGAAGAACCGCAACAGCCGAGCCAACGACAAACCAACGACGACACAAACGGCGACUCGGCAACGGCGGCGGUGGUUGUCAUGACGAUUUUGAGUAGCGGCGCGUGAAAAAGGGCGCAAAAAAAAGUGACGGAGAUUUACUCAUAGUUUUCUUACCUUUUUUUAAAAACAAAAACAGACAAAAAAAAAAAAAAACCAACGACAAUAUAGGCGUAGAAGCAUGAUUUCGUAUAAAACAAAAAAACGAACUGAAAAAAGCAACAAAAAUGUGCUUCCUGUUAUCUCUCUAUCAGCAUGAGUGAAUGCUGUCGCAUGUCCUUAUCUAGCGGCUGAAGAGGUAUGAGGGGCGAGGGCGGGGUGGGGCGGGGUGUCCCAGGGCAAUAGGGUGGGUCACGGGCGUUUGGGCCGGGGUGAAUUUUAAAAGCCCUCCACCUCAAACAGGAGGGCGUAUCUAACCGAAAAAGGGGGAGCCUACAUUUGCUGAUAAUGACAAAGCAACAGCCCUUUUCACCCCAUCACAAAUCCUCGCCACCCACCACCAAACCCCCCCCCCACGCCAGCCUGCCCCAUCCCGCCCAAGUGACACAGAGAACCUCUGGCAAUUUUCGACCCAUUGAUCGCAGCGGCUCGUUCUCUCCAUCCGGAUAUCGUUAUUAUUGUACAUAAAUAUAUGCACCAAAAUGCUACGUGAAUGUGUGCGCGUGCGUGCGUGUUUAUGUUACAGAAUCUGCCCAAUGUGAUGAUGAUGAUGAUGAUGCUGCUGGCUUGAUACAUAUCUUACUCUUUCCUGGUUUCUCUUGUUUGGUUAAAUAUAUGCGUAUAUAUCCUAAGACUGCUCCACGUGGGUAUGAGGAGAAAAAAAAAAACAUUCGUCGUCAUCCUGCUUGUGAGUUUGUAUGUCCGUUUUUUUGUGUGUGAGGGUGUUUGUUUUUUUUAUUUAAUUGUUUUUUCCCCCCCCCCCAGCCCCCUCUCUCCCCACAUAUCCGCCCCCCUCCCCGUCCUUUGGGACUUUAUUGGGUUCUAAAGUGUCUCACUGUUGGUUGUGUUUUUGCAAAGACUCCCCUGACCUCUGGACAUAUAUGUUUUACAGUGAUUGCUGCUCAGAAAACGGAAAUUUUGUUCAGUCCAGUUCUGUCUUGUUCAGUGUAGUUCAGACCAGUUCAGUGUAGUUCAGACCAGUUCCCCAGUCUGCUUCAGACUGGUUCAGUCUAGGCCGGUUUCCCUCUCAACCCAACCUGUGCCGCUGUAGUACUGAACACCCCCACUUGCACAGCUAUACUUCUGAACAUCGUACCUGUAAAGUUCUUACCCUACUUUUCUCCCAAAUGCAAAGAUUUGCUGACCCACCCCCCCCCCCUCCCCCACACACCCACACACAUCUCUGCUCUCCACCAAAAUCACCUUGUCUUCCAGGGUCCGGUGACCUGAAGUUUCUCACCGUGACAUUACUUGUCUGCAGUGCUUUGUGGAGUGGCGCCCCCCUCUGGAUGGUUCACGCCAUGCACAAACACCUUUUUUUGUCCCAGUGGCUCAGUUUCCUACCGUGUCUAUCCCACCAUCUAUGCUGGUGCAAUACCGUGGAUUGCCGUAAGAGGGUGCCCUAGAGUCCUCCUGCUGGCUCUAUCGAUCACAGUCCAGUGUCUUCUCUCCACAGCAUAGCUCCUCCCUCUUUUUCACAAUACAGACAGAUCAGAUGGAGGGACGCACUGCUGUGCCUGACAGCGAUGGCUCCAGUUGAGCCAGUUUCCAGGAACGGAAGGGCCAACCUGCUUGGACCGUCUCUACAUAAGAGAGCGAGCGUCGGUCGAGGGUCAGUCCUGCAGUAGAGGUUGAGCAGAAAGGAGGAAGCGGAAAGCAAGGGUGGUUUCCUUUGUUCUUUUUGGUUGUUUUGUUCUGCAUUUUUUUUCUUUCUUUCUUUCUUUCUUUCUUAAUUCUUGCAACUCUCUUAUUUCCACUCAGGGGCGGAGCAGCAAUAGAGCCACCAAGCACUGUGAUAAUAGACCGCAACACUGAUCCCAUUAGUGUGAACCUAACCCUGUCGCAAAACCCCACCCCCGCGCCCAACCCCCGUCUCCCUCAUGCUCUCCUCCAUAAACAUUCUCUCUUUCUCUCCCUCUGUCUGCAUCCACACAUUUACACAUCCCUCCCUCCUCCUACCUUCUCCCUCGCUCCCUCCUUCCCUCCUCUGGUUGAUGUGGGGGGAGAAAACAAAUCAGAGUCCUCUGUUUCUACUACAGCAAUAAUAUUAACGCGGGGUGGUGGUGGGGGGGGGGGGGUGCGUUUGUACUUUAGCGUGCGUACAGUGUGUAUGUACAGAAGGGAAGAUGGGUUGCAGGAUUUUGGAUCUUUACUCACACACACACACACACACACAAAGGCACACACAUACGCUCUCUGAGCUUCCAAUCCUGACUCAGACCAGUCAGACAAAUCACAAAUGGCAAGACAUUCAGGCAAUGAAAGAUGACAUGUCCAGAGACCUGAAACGUGUCGAGUUCAGGAUUAAUCAUGCGGUGAACCCUCUUUUUUUCACCCUUACACAUUAGUGGGUUUUUAGAGGGGGGCCACAAUGUUAGCGACCAGCUUUUAAGAGAUUUUUUUUUGGGGGGUGGGGCAGGGGUUUGGCUCCCUACUCCAGUUUGACCUGUUUCUGCAUCCCCAGGGGGUUCACUGUGAUUGAUGUACGUGCAUUUUUCCCCUGUAGGUUUUUGUGAAGACUCUCCCGAUAUCUUCAUAUAGUAGCAUUUCCCCCUCAAGUUUGCCUCUCUUAUCAUUGAUAUUGAGGAGGAGGAGAACUCCAAACCCAAUAUCUCAAGUAGCCAGAGUUUUAUGUGUCUGGUUUACCAGUCUGCACACACACACACACACACACACAUAAACACACUUGUGUGUUCUCACCAAAAAAGGAAUGUACUAUGCUUAUGAAAAGUGCUAAAUCUCAGAUUCAGAUGAGUAGCCAUCUCCUUACCAUUUUUAUUUUUUUACGCCUUAACAUACAUAUUUGAAAAAAAAACGUGUCAGAUUGAGGACUGUUCACUACCUCUGUACAAGCAGGCUGAGUCUUGCAAGCAGAGCGCAGUUGGGUUUGUUUGCAUGUAGGUGUGUGCGCAUGUGUAUAUAUGUUGGACAUAUAUAGCCCCCUUGUGGCUGCCUGGAGUAGUGCAUCUGGAACAGAGGCCAUCAGACACAGGCAGGUACAGGUGUGGGGCGAAGGCUGACAGCAGAAGCAUUGUACCCUCCUGUCCCAAAGAAAAGGCACAUUAAAGUGAUGGUUUAGAGCCAGAUCCUCAAAACUGUACAUCAUAAAAUAUUACGCAUACACAGGUGUGCCGCAGCAGUGCUGGUCAUGUUGUCAGAGACCAGUAUUGAUAUGGUGAACACAUGAAGUGAAGAUAUAAAAAAAAACACCUGCAGCUAAACCAUCUGACAAAUAUAAGCACAUAAGGAUAGUCUUUCUUAUCUGUAUUCAUCAGAGCCCUUUAAUGCUUAUAGGUUUGCUUGUUUUGUGUUUUUGCCUGAAGCAGAAUGUGCCUGGUUCCUUACCUGUGUAUGUCUGCAAACAGUGUUUGUGUCUUUCCAGUGGAUCAGUUUUUUAGUAGCUUGUAUGUUCUCCCAGGGCUCUGAAACUGUGUUGGUAUAGCCGCAGUGAAUUUUGUGUAUCGUACAACCACGCAUACCAUGUCAGGCUGAUAUCAUGUGGAUGUCAGUUCUUUUUUGACCUACGUGUCGCUCAGGUUUUUAGCUACUGUGGGGAUUUUGACAGUCAUCCUUUUCACCACCCACCCCCCCACCCCCCAAACUUGAUGAUGUCACAAAAAUUUAGAGAACAUAGGAGGGGGGGGGGGAUUGGGUUUGGAGGGGACGUAGUGUCAAAAUGCCAACAUAACCAAAUGUAUUAUGUAAGAUGAAAAACAAAGGUGACAAAUGACAAUGAUGGCUGUGAUGUAGCUUUUCAGUGGUUGGGCUGGGUAUUUUUUCUUUCUGUUUCUUUGUUUUUUUUUUCAUAUGAGGGUCACUUCCUUUUCAAUGGGAUUUUCAUUUUCAUGUUUUCAGUUUGCAAAACAAAACAAAAAAAACUGAAGGGACAUCAAGUCCUUUCUCUACUUGGGGACAGGAGGGAGAAGGGCUGUGAGGGUUGACUGAAUGAGCCUUCCUGGUGCGUGGCCUUCGUCUCAAAUCUCCCCUAAACUCUUGAGACAUUGAGCCGGUCCAGUGGGCCUCACACAGUGACAGGCGUAGAGGAAGAGUCCAUCUGAGGGAGGGGGGGGGGGGGGGGGGGAGAGUAGUUUAGGGGAUCAUCCAGAUUUUUUGGAUGAAGAAAAAAAAAAACAAAUAAACAAUGAAAGAACCUUGAAGUGAUGAUAAUAUUAUAAACAAGUUCAUGCAAAAAUAUUAACUUGCAAAAACUAGAGUUUACUUAUACUCCUUUAGAAUGGAUUGAUGACAUUAUUAACGCAAUAGCAUUAUACUCAGUACUAAGGAAUGCAACUGCGCACAUGCACAGAAAAAUGUUUUUAAUAUAAAUAUAUAUAAAUAUAUGAAAACUAUAUAUUUCAUUAGAAUGCUAUGCACCGUUACUUGCUAUCUGGGACUAGAGUUAUGUUAUGGGUGUACUUUUAGCAUCUUAGCUACCAAGAGACUAUUGAAUUAUGGGAAAUGUCUGCAUCCUGUGAAAUACAGAGGGCUUGUAGGCAUUUUAACUUGUUUUAUUUUCUUUUUUAUUGUUAUGGAGAGGGAAAAAGGAAAAUAUAUACAAGCCUUUCAGUCAGAUUCAAUCUGACAUGAAGAUAUGUGUAGAUAAUUUACCCUGUACACCAGCUCAAAUCAUUUACAGAAAUUAAUAAAGAAAAUUAAAUAUU